AUGGUGAUCUGUUUGCAAUUCGGGUCUGGAAAUGUUGCUCGUGGUUGUUACUUGGAUGCUUACAUGAGAUCUCAGAUCAAAAGACCAAUGGUAUCUUCUAAAGGAGAACGCUCGGGGCAACCCCACGCUGCGAUUGAUAAUGCUGUUCAGAAACUGACCCAUGAUGAUGCCGUAAAAUACCUGAAGACCGUGAAGGAUGCGUUUCAUGAUAAGCCGAAAAAGUAUGCUGACUUUUUAAAAGUAAUGAAAGAUUUCAAGGCUCAAAGAACUGAUACAGAUGGUGUCGUAGCAAGAGUGAAGAAGCUAUUUAAAGGGCAUAGAAAUCUAAUUGUAGGGUUUAACGCCUUCUUGCCUAAGAAACAUGAAAUUGCACUUCCAUUGGAGGAUGAACAACCUCAGCGGAAUAAGCCUGUUGAUUUUGUUGAAGCUGUAAAUUUUGUGGGCAAGGUCAAGAGCCGGUUUCAAGGCGAUGACAGUGUCUAUAAGUCGUUUCUUGAUAUAUUGGAGAUGUACAGAAAGAAAACCAAGACUAUGUCUGAGGUUCACUUAGAGGUUGCUGCACUUUUCCAUGGCCAUGAAGAUCUUCUUGAGGAGUUUACUCGUUUUCUUCCUGAUAAGAGCUAUGCAAUACCAGCUGUUGUACCAAUGGAUGUUGAAAAGAAAGAAAGUACCAUGGCUUCUAAUGAGGACCCUGGUGUUGAACCAUUCCAUGAUGAACAUGAAAAGUUUGACCUGUGCCCUAUGUCAUCUACUUGUGAAGAUAAAAGCUCUUUGAAAAGUAUGUGUAGUCAAGUCGGUGCUUUCCUUGAAAAAGUCGAGGAGAAAUCUCGAACUCCUGAGGUUUACCAGGAAUUUUUGAAGUGUCUACUUUUCUACAGCAGGGAAAUAAUUACCCGACAAGAAUUGCAGUCAUCGGUGGGUGAUUUGCUGGGGAAAUUUCCAGAUCUUAUGGAUGGAUUUAAUGAUUUUUUGGUACAAUGCGAGAAGAAUGAAGGAUUUUUUGCUGGCGUCAUGAAUAAAAAGUCCUUGCAGAAUGAAGGACAUGGAUUGAAAGCAUUGAAGGCAGAGGACAUGGAUAUAGAUCAAGGGGUGGAAAAAGAAAUGGAUGGAGAGUUACCAAUUACUGCCUCAUGCAUCGAAACACUAUUUGAAAAAAUAGUCAUAGGAUGCAAAAGCAUAAUAAAAAAAGAAUGAAAUUGUUUUCAAAAAUGCACCUAUCCGUGGAGCAACAAGCUUGCAAAGAGGAGAAGGAGAAAGGUGUCAACUUAAAUAUCCGUGGAGGCAGGAUAGGGUUUUAAAGCCACUUUCAAUGCUUUGGUCUACCUCACAAUGAACUUGGAGAGCUUUUGAAAUAUUCAAAGACUUGUUAUUCUUUUUCCUAAUUUCUAACAAGUUGUUAAUGGAAUAAAUGUACACCAUUGGAUCUUUCGCUAACAUAAUUCAAUGCUUCCAAUAUCAUGGUGUAUCAGAAACGUCCAAAAUGUAUAGGUUGAUUUAAGACAGACCCAAAAAAGAGUGCUGAGAAAUUGUUAAUUGGAGAGGGUUCUGAGAUAAUAACAAAUU